AUGGUGAGACGGCGCCGGACCUUGCAAACAAUCUUAUGGCUACUGCUCAUCCUCCUGAGCGCUUACUCUGUGAUCCCUACUGCCUUCUACUUAUCAUCAUUAGUACGGCGUACGCUCAUAUUCGGCACGUUUGUCGUUUGGCCAUCCCACGACUACAGCAAACCAGAACUGUAUGGCCCACCACACGCCAAGAAUUUCUACAUCAAGUCGGUGGGUGAUACCCGUCUAGGCACGUGGUAUAUACCUCCUAAAGGCUUCUGGAAGCAACUAGAAAAUUGUUCGAGUCUGGCGCCUGGGUCAUGGAUGUUCCUGGAUAAGCGAGCUGUCAUCAUCUACUAUUAUGGCUUUGGUGCCUGUCGAGCUUGUGACUAUCGACUGGAACUAUAUAAGACACUUUAUCAAAGUGAAAGAAUUUACGCCCAUGUUUUCGCUGUCGAUUACCGAGGAUUUGGAGAUUCGACUAAGCUUCUUCCAGAUCGUAAAGGACUACUGCAUGACGCGACCGUGACCAUUUACUACGUCCGAAGGUUGUUGAAAGACAAUGAGUCGCGCAUUCUUAUCUGGGGGCAUUCUCUUGGCACUGCUAUAGUGAUGCAGCUCGCAGAAGCAUUAACCAAGUUAAAACAAAGCCCCAUGGAAUCUCCGUUCAACUCGAUCGUUGAGGCCUCUUUGGACUUUCCCAUUGGAAAGCCCUAUAAAUAUCUCCCUGGGAUUUCAAUGAUACUCGAUACGCUUCGAAAAGAUGACGACACGUUUUUUGAAUCAGACCAACUUGUGGAAUCGGUUCGUUUGCCUGUUCUUGUCAUGCACUCUCCCGAUGACGCCAUAGUGCCUUAUUCCCUUGGCGUCAAGUUAUUCGAGCGCCUUCAAACCCUAUGCCCUGUGAAGCCACACUUCUAUAAAGCCUUGGCUUGGGCCACCGCUAUAUCCCACUUGGCCCAGAAAUGCAGUCUGUAG